AUGGAAGAUAAUACAGAAAUAAUUACGGGUGAUAUCCCUGAAGUCGAAGGUUGUAUGCCUCUGCAGCCUGAAGAAUUUGUGCCCAGUCGUCAAAAAAUAAUUAUUGUUAAUAUUUACAAGGAUAUCAUUUCUAAUACACCAAGCAUAAAAUAUUUGGAUAUUAUUAAGCGUAUUAGAGAGUUAACUGGUUUGGGACGAGACAACGUAAAGAAUACUAUCAGUCAGUACAAAACCACAAAAACAGUAUCUUCUCCCAACAGGAGAAGAGCAAAGGCUUCACUGUUUGACAAAAUUGAUGAUCUGGACCGCACAGGAUUACGUCGGACAAUCCAUUCUGUUUGGUUAAAGCGUGAACUACCAACCAUAGACCGAAUUUUAUUUGAUGUCAACGCGGAUCCGUCGCUUCUAAAUUUUAAAAGAACAUCUUUGUAUCGUGUCAUCAAAAACUUGGAUUUUGUUUUUACAAAAAGAAAAAGAUGCAGUGUUCUGACCGAGAGGGAAGACCUUAUCGUUUGGCGUCGUAAGUAUUUAUACGACAUUCGAAAAUACAGAGAAGAAGGUCGAACUAUAUACUAUCUGGACGAGACUUGGUUGAACGCCGGCGAUUGUGUCGAUCGUGUUUGGAAGAACAAUACGGUUCUCUCCAAACACGAUGUAUUUAACAAAGGCCUCACGACCGGUCCACAAAACCCGUCCGGUAAAGGUAAGCGGCUCAUUAUACUACAUAUUGGGUCGGAGAAUGGUUUUCUUCCAGGUGGCCUGCUGUGUUUCAUUUCAAAAAAAAAUACCGGCGAUUAUCAUGACGAGAUGAAUGGAGAUAACUUCAAAGAGGGGUUCGAAAACAUUCUCCCUGUACUCGACCCAAAUUCCAUUAUCGUCAUGGACAAUGCGCCGUACCAUUCGGUAAAAAUGGAAAAAUAUCCAAAUGCCAGUUGGAAAAAAGCAGUUAUAUUGGAGUGGCUCAUUUCCAAGAAUGUCGAUUGCGAACGACCGUUGUCGUCGUUAUUGAAGCCCGAACUUCUGGCGAUAUCAAGACAAAUGCGACCUCAAUUCAAAUCGUAUGUAAUCUAA